AUGUACACCGAGCUGGCCACCAUGUAUGCGAAGUAUAAGCCAAAGAUGCUUAUGGACUUCAUCAAGAUGAACAUUCAGAAGUUGAACAUCCCGAAGCUGAUCAAUGCAUGCGAGAGGCACUAUCACUGGGAGCACGCCGUCUUCCUGUACACACACUAUGACGAGUUCGACCAGGCGGCAAACACCAUGAUGGCUGGAGACUUACAGGAUCUGCAGAUUCCAGAGUACAGGGUACAUCUCACUGCUUGCUGCACAGGGCAACAGCUCACCACAAUGUCUCUAUGCUCGUCCCCAUGCUGA